CAACGUGUAUGAUGUCAACGGCUUUAUGGCGCGAUCGUGCGAGCGUUCGUCGAAAGUUGGAAUACAAUUUUCAAUAAAUAUCCAUGGAAACUUGUGAUGGAAGUGCUUUACGCGGGUCCCGUUAUUGAGUUCGUGAGUGAUAUUCAGAUGAAUUGAUGCACAUAACAGUGUAAUUGGUGUAAAGGCGAGGUAUUAGACAAAAGAUUAUCGCAGACCUGUUGCGUGCAUCUUUAUACAUGACAAAACAUUGUGAUUUCGUUUGAAUAACGCUAAACCAAUUCGAAGAUGACCACGUCGUUGUCGUUGUUGGCGAGCCACGAUGAAGUGGUGCGAUGCACGGACGUGCUCGUGAAUGGAGCCUGCGAUGAAGAAUUUCUACAAUUUGCAAUAAAUCAAGAGGAAAUGAGACAGAAAUGGCUGGCAUCGAUACAAGAAUGUCAGCGACUUCAUUCAGCUUUAGAAAAAGCUCACCAAGAAGCAGCAGAUUUAGAUCGUAAAUUAAGUCAUGCUAGAAGACUGUUAGAUGAGGAGAAACGAAAGAGGCGGAAUGCAGAGGAACAAAGAAAUUCAUUGGAGAGACAAAUUGCCAUGGCCAGAGAUCUUUUAUUUAAUGAUGGUGGAAGGAAUUUAAAUGAUGAAACCAGAGAAAAGUUACAAUUCCUAAAUAAUACUACAUUGAAUGGGCGCCAUAGUAACAUACAUAUCAAAGAUUUACACCAAAAUGAUAAAUUAAAUACUAUAGCGGAGCUGGACUCCACUGGCUCUAUAUUAAGCGAUUUAAGUUGUUUUUCAAAGUCGGAAGAUGAUUUAGAUAACAGUGUAAUUGUUCAGCAAAGUCAAAAGAAACGUGAAUGGAAAGAACAUAGACCCAGUGGUGAAUAUUCCACAAAGAAACGUCGUAGCGCAGUACAGAAAGUUGCCGAACUAAAUUCAUCUGACAGAAUAGUAGCCACAACUACUGUAGUCAUGCCUAAAGAAGGUGCUAUCACUGCAUCUUCUGUAAUUGAAGCUAUACCAGGGGAUGAGAAUGCAAACCCACAGGGUCCAUUGCAUAACACAUGCAAAAGACGCAAAAGUGGCGAUCGCAGUAAAUCGAAGUUAACAUCCGUUACCACAAAGGAUGUACACAUUGACAUUUUACCAUCUGCACCAAAAGCUGAUAUUCUUACAUCGGGAUCAGAUUCUGAGGGCGUUUUUAAACCUAGUCCAAAUAUAGGUGGAUAUACUUUAAAUACAAAGUCUGCAAGAGGUCAUAGUUUUAUAGCAAAAACAGUGAUUAAACCAGAAAUUUGCACACCAUGCGACAAGAGAAUUCGUUUUGGUAAAGUAGCUUUAAAGUGCAGAGAUUGUAAAGCUACUGCUCAUACAGAAUGUAAAGAUUUGGUACCAUUACCAUGCGUGCCUACAGGAAAUACACCUACUUUACGUGGCACUUCUGGAACCAUAGCAGACUAUACUCCUAUGAUUCCACCAAUGGUACCAUCACUGGUUGUUCAUUGUAUCAAUGAAGUGGAAUUAAGAGGAAUGAGUGAGCAAGGAUUAUAUAGAGUAAAUGGUGGUUCGGCAGAAGUGAAAUCUCUGAAAGAAAAGUUCCUCAGGGGCAAAGGUGCCCCCAAUCUCUCUGAUGUAGAUAUACCCACCAUAUGCUCGACUCUUAAAGAUUUCUUGAGGUCGUUACGGGAGCCGUUAAUUACUGUAGGAUUAUGGGCCGAUUUUGUUCGAGCCACUACUAUUACCGACAAACAAGAUGCUGAUGCUGCAUUAUAUCAAGCAAUUUCUGAAUUGCCCCAACCUAAUAGAGAUACACUUGCCUUUCUAAUAUUACACCUACAAAGAGUAUCAGGUAGUCCAGAAUGCAAAAUGCCUAUAAGUAAUCUGGCUAAAGUUUUUGGGCCCACAUUGGUGGGUUACAGUUGCCAAGAGCCCUCACCAACUUCUUUGCUUUCGGAGACUAAAAAUCAAGUCGCGAUAGUCGAAAACUUACUGAAAAUCCCCUCUGAUUAUUGGGCAAAUUUCGUUAAUCCUGAAAAUUUAAAUAGUAUUGCUACUCAUAAGACUGCUGAGCUAAGACAUACACCAUCCACGGAAUCUUUACUUAAGCGUAGUACUUCCCGCGGUUUUAUGAGGCGAAAUAAAAAAUACUUUGCAACGCCUCCCUCUAAAGGAGGUUUUUGA